AUGAGCAAAAACGGAAGUACAAAUGUUGGAAACAAUAACAAUAAUAAUAACAAUACAAAAAAAAUUAAAUUUUCUUUAAAUAAAUCGGUUCAAGUAACAAAAGUAUUUGCUAAAGAAAAUCACCGAUUAACAAAAAAUGAAACGAUAUUUACAAUGGUCGAUACUGAUCAUCCGGAUGGCAAAAAGGAACCAUUUUUAUCUACUGUAUUGGGAACAGUAACAAAAUUAUAUAUUCAUGAAUGGGAUACUUUAUCAUAUGGUUCAAUUAUUUUGGAAUAUGAAGAAUGUCUUCAUACGAUAACAUUCAAAAAUUUAUGUUGUGAUUGUGGAGCUGAUUUAAAUCAGUUAAAAGAUAGAAUGGAAAUGAUAUCAUCACGAAAUUCUGUUGCAGAUCCAUUAUUUGAUACAUCUCUAUCAUCAUCAACAAGUAUGAUGAGAACAGCAACAACAGUUUCAAUGGAACAUGCUGUACCAGAAUUAAGAAUUACACCAGAAAUGGCCGAAAAAUAUAGUAUUGAAGAACGUGAUCGGCUACUUCGCGAACGAAAACUUGAUUUACUUGUUGAUCUUGAUCAAACACUUCUUCAUACAACGAAUUCAAGCAAUUACUUUCCAUAUUCACCUGAUGUCAUUGCUUAUCAAUUAAGUACUCAAUCAUCACAAAGAUUCUAUACAAAAUUACGUCCCGGUGUAAAAGAAUUUCUUGCUAAUCUCUUACCAUAUUAUCAAUUUCAUAUUGUUACUUUUGGUGAACGUGUCUAUGCUCAUACAAUGGCAAAUUUAAUUGAUCCAAAUAAAACAUUUUUUUAUCAUAGAAUUUUAUCACGUAAUGAAUGUUUUGAUCCAACACGUAAAACAGCUAAUUUAGGCGCUUUAUUUCCAUGUGGUGAUUCAAUGGUUUGUAUUAUUGAUGAUCGUGAAGAUGUUUGGAAUUAUGCACGAAAUCUUGUACAUGUUAAACCAUAUGUAUGGUUUAAAGAUGUUGGUGAUAUUAAUGAUGUACAUCUUCCAUCUCCACCUAUUCCAAGUGAACAAUUAAUUCCACCAAUAAGUGAAAAAGAAUUUGAAGAACAAUUAGAAAAUAGUGAACAUAUUGUUGAAGAACGUGCAGAAAAGAAUAGUAAUGCACUAAAAGAACGAACAACAGAGGAAGGCCAUCAAGAUCUCUUGCAGAGAGGUGAAAAAAGAAAACUUGAUGAUGAUGACGAUGAUAAUAAUAAUAAUACCAAUGAAAGAAUGGAUAGUGAUGAAACAAGUAAAAAAUUAAAAGAACAAAAUGAUAAUAAUAAUGAACAAACAGAUACCAUAAAUAUUCCGGUGACAACUGAUCCAAAUAUUACUGUUGAUAGUGAUAUUUAUUUACGGCAAUUAGAAAUAAUUUUAAAACGUAUUCAUACUGAUUUUUACGCAUCCUAUGAUCAAUGGACACAAGAUAAAACACGUGAUAUGCCUGAUUUAAAACAAAUUUUACCAGAUAUACGUCGACAAGUACUUAAAAAUGUUUCAGUUUGUUUUUCUCAUCUUAUGCCACAAGGUUAUCCAUUAGAAAAACAUCGUGCAACUAUUCUUGCACGAGCUUUAGGUGCAACUGUUACACAAGAUUUACAAAUAAGCGAUAAUGGACAUUGUUUAACAACACAUGUUAUUGCAGGCAAACGAACAUCUAAAGUUGAAAGUGCUAUCAAAUAUAAUAUUCAUGUUGUUACACCUGAAUGGUUAAUUGAUUGUUAUGAACAAUGGGAACGAAGAGCAGAAGAGAAUUAUAUUUUACAUUCAAAUUAUGAUGUAAAAAAAUCAAGAUUAUUUACAAAAGAAACACCUAGAAUGAUGUAUAAUGAUUCUAAUAAUGGAAAUGAUCGAAUAUCUUCAAUGAAACAAAAGACUGAAAAUCCUUCUAAUGAUGAACAAGUUUCAAGUUCAACAGUCAGUAAAUUUUCAAAAUCAUCCCUAAAACGUGCUCGUACUCCUGAACUACCAUCAACUAGUGAUAUGCCCAGUAAUAUAAUUGAAGAAGAUGAACAAACAGCAACAACAACAGCAGGAGCAGCAGCAGCAGAAACAGCAAGACAAUAUAAUUUCAGCAUGAGUGUUGAUGAAUUAUCUGAUAUGGAAAAAGAAGUUAAUGAUUUUUGUAACGAUGAUGAAGACGAAGAUGAUGAUGAUGAUGAUGAUUCAAACGAUGUACAAGCUCGUCCAAAAAAACAACAACGAACAUCAUCAUUUUCUCCAAUAACAACUGCAGCAGCAACAACAACAACAGCAACUCCAACUACAACAAUAGAUAAACAAAAUGAUGAUGAAGGCUAUGAUUAUGAUUCAGAUUCAUCAAGUAGUCAAAAAUUGCGUGAUCUCAUAUUAGGUAAACGACGUGAAGCUGAUUCUGAUGAUGAAAGUUUUGGUGAUGAUGAAGCACCUCGUGGUUGGAAAAAUACUAAUCAAAAAACAAAAAAAAGACAAUGA